UGUUCAACUCUUUCCUUUCUUUCACUCUCAUUCUCUGUAACAUGAACUUAAACUUGUUUUUUUUGUUUGUGGUUUCACAGUUGUCACACUUCCUGUCCAAAAGCCCAAGUUAGAAUCUAAAAGAAGUCUAUUACUACUCAGUGCUACUACAUCUUUGCUAGAUGAAUUAGGACACCUGUCUAAUUACCGGAGCCACUACGUGAUCAGAAAUGCAGGUUCCUCUUCUGAUCUUAAACACUCUGGAUGAGCUGGGUGCUGAUGAUUUCAAGAGGUUUUGGUGGAACCUCACCCAGCCUGUGCUGGACGGAUGUCAGCCUAUUCGUAAGGGCCAUCUGGAGAAUGGAGACCGACAGGACAUCGUCAGUAAGAUGAUAACCAGCUACGGGGAAGAAACAGCUGUGAAUGUGGCUGUUGAAAUCCUGAAGAGGAUGAAUCACAACAACGCUGCGGAGAUGUUAAAGAAAACAUAUGCAGGUGGAUCAACAGCUGCACAAACCCCGCCUGCUACACCUCCCUCCUCCUCCUCUUCCUCGGGUUUGAGCUCCACAGCUGGUGCCACAGUUUGUGCCCAGGGUAGAAGUGUCAUCGUGGCGCCCAACAUCACAGGCACCAGCUCUGGUGUAUCAAUUAAUAUGAACAUAAAUAACUGAUUCUGUGUUUGAUGUUAAAUGGUUUUACACCUCAUUAAAAUGUUUGACAUCUUGUGCAUUGUCCCUUAGAGUCUGUAAGCUGAAAAACCUGCUCGAGGGGUUUCUUGAAUUAAAGUGGAUUGAUUUCUGCAGACA